AGUUGGUCGUUUCCAUGACUACAGGAAACCAACGUUAAACCAAUGAGCUGUCUGCAGUGGGACUGAAACGAACAGCCAUUUUGCUUGUGGGGGCACAGAAUGGCAGUAAACUGGAAUAAAACCAUAAUUUCUCUGGGAACGGGACAGGAACGCGAGAUGCCGAAAGAUAUCUCAGAGUGACCAGAAUGGUCCAGGGAUGCCAGUUUGGAGGUUAGCCAGUGACUAUCCUGCGAUUGCGCCGCAUAUAGAAUGCAGAAAAAAUGUGAUUGUGUUUCUUCCCUUGUUUCAAGGUCUGCCGCGGAUCUGCAUUCUGUCUUAUGAGGAGACAGCUUUACUGCAAUGCUAUCUCAAUUGGUUUCGAACUCCGGGGGAGAGCAAAUGACCCGAAAGAAGGGUGUUGCCGAGCACUGACACUGUUUACGUGCGUUGUUGCUUUUUUUGGACAGACUGCCAGAAGAGGGGCAGGUGUGUGGUUUCAGUCGGCUUUCCACUGUCGGUGGUGCUGGCUACCGAGUUAUCCGCGGUCCCCCCGUCUCAGUUUCGCGUGGACUUAAAUUUCAACUGUCAGAAUCCUGCCUCCUUCCGUGGAUCGGACGUCUAGAUUGCAGGAAGAUUUUUUUUGGAUGACUCUGUGCCCCAUCGCACUCUAGGGAAGAGGAGUCAGACUUGGACUCGGAUGUAAGCCCUGAGGAAGCGUGUAAUCUCCUGGACAGAAAAAGAAGAAGAGCUUUCGGAUGUUGGGGUUGCAGAUGUCUGUCUGCUCAGAUUAGUCGACCCGCUUGACAUUUAAUGCCUGGAUAGAGCGUCCAUAGAGAGCGUCACGAUAAGGAGAGAACAUCAACAUGAACACAGAUAGCGGAGGACGCGCUCGCAAAAGCACCACCCUGUCCCUCACUCUCACCUCCAUGAAGAGGGUCCAGAGUACGCCCAACCUGUAUGCGACCGCAGGAAAUGAGUCUCAUUCGUCAGAUUCAGACGGUUGGCGGUCCCGCAGUGCGACUGAUGGACUGAGGAAUGGAGAGGCCAGUUCUUCCUCCUUGGCGGCCAAAGGCUUCCGCAGCGUUAGACCCAACCUGCAGGACAAGAAGUCCCCAACGCCAGUCCCACUCCCACCCCCCAGGAGAGAGAGCUAUCACAUAACCCGCCCAGGCACAACCCCGCCCCCGUACAGUCCCCUGCAGUCCCUCACGGACCCCUUUGGGCCCCUGCUGAAAAUUGACGGGGCUGACUGUCUCGUUCAGGGAAAGAGGGUGAUCCAGCAGACAACCUACUCCAGCACCACCACUUCCUCCUCAUAUUCCCGCACAGCGAGCACCUCCGCCACCCCACCCCAGCCUGCGGAUGACCCGCCCAAACCCGUAGACACCCCUUCCCUGAGCAACGCCAGCCCCCCACCUCUCAAACCCACCUCCUCUGAGGGAGUAAACCCCCCCAGCACACCUCCGGCCCAGCCGGGCCCUGUCCCAAGAGAGAACACCUCCCCCACCUCCCCCGCACCCCCAGAGAUGCACACAUCCUCUCUCACCAUCCAGAUGGCUGCCCCCCGCAGCCCAGAGCCAGGAGCCCCAGGCCCCGCGGUGGAGACGGGACAAGGGCCGAAGCCCGAAACAAAGGAACCCCAGGCUGACCCCCCUGUCCCCUCAGUAGAGCCAAAACAGGCGGAGCCCCAGCCCCAGCCCACCGUUCCCCCCGUCCCAACUGAACGCAAAAAGGCGGAGCCCCAGAAGGCAGGACCCCAGGAUGUGGAGGAAGCUCCUCCUCUUCCCCCCCGCCCUACCAUCGGGGGGCAUUCGGGCCAGAUGACGGUGAACGGAAGCGCGGGUCACUACCAGAAGCCCUUCUCCCCCCCGGCGCACCCACCCCCCGUUCCCCCCUCCCUCAGCCCCAGCAUCGUCCUCAGCAGGAGCUCAGAAUCCUCGGAGUCCGUCACCAGGGAGACGCGUUCCGUCGGGCAAACGACCAUGACGAGCACCGUGCCCAUCGCCCGCUUCUCAGAGGAGGAGAAGAGGGUGUCCAUCAUCAAGGCGCCCCACUACGAGGGCAUCGGACCCGUGGACGAGUCUGGCAUCCCCAUCGCCAUCAGAACGACCGUGGACAGGCCAAAGGACUGGUAUAAGACAAUGUUCAAACAGAUUCACAUGGUCCAUAAACCAGAUGAUGAUUAUGCAGACACGUACAACGCCACAUAUGCAAUAGUAAAUUCAGAUAACGGUUCGAAUGCGGUCCACGCCCACCCGCCCCCCAGAACGCACACUUACCGGCCCCUCUCCAAGAGCCCUUCAGACAACGGGCCCGGCGCCUUCCCGGACGCCGCGCCCUCUCCCGUCCCGCCGCCACCCCCUCCUAUGCCAUCACUGGCCCAGCUGAGACCCAGAGAACGGGACAGGGACACCCCUGACCUAAAUGAGUGGGGCCCCCCCGACAGGAAGAUAGACACUCGGAAGUACCGAGCUGAGCCCAGGAGCAUCUUUGAGUACGAGCCGGGCAAGUCCUCCAUUCUGGAGCAGGAGAGAGCAAUGUAUGACAUAAACCCAGAUGACUUAGAUUUAGAGAAUGAGCCCUGGUAUAAGUUCUUUUCCGAGCUGGAGUUCGGACGCCCGACGUCUUUUUAUCACGCUUCAAUAGACAGAGGGCCAGAGAGGCCAUCGAGCUCCGCCAGCGACCACAGGAAGAGGAGGAAGUCGGAGCCGUCGGUCAACCCGCAGGGUCCGCAGGGUGACCAGGGCUCCCCCCGACCGGCAGACCCCCACAAGGAGAGCAGCACCCUGAGGAAGCCCCUCGCCCGCUCCUCCCCCUCCUCACCGUCCAGACCCAGAGGUGGGGAUUUUAGUGUUAUGUACUCGCCGCGUUUAAGUUGUUCAGAUCCAAACCAGGAUACCUCACGGGACUCUGACCCCAUGGGUCCCGCGGGUGGGUCCAAGAGGUCCAUCUGCUUCAAAAACGGCUGGCAGACCCAGCGGCAGGACGCGGGGACCUGGAGCAGCGCGGAGGAGGCCACCUCCCCCAAGGUCAAGUCCCGCAGCUGCGACGACCUGCUGGGGGAGGGGCCGGGCGGCGGAGGCUCCGCCCCCCACACCGCCGCCGCCGCCGCUCAGGCCCGCUCGGAGAGCGCGGGCUCGCUGGCGUGCGAGGAGGGGGAGGAGCCGGCGGGGCCCCGCCCCUGGCACUGGCACCGGUCCGCCCACGACACGCCGGGCUUCCUCCAGCUGUACCGCAAGAUGCACCGCAUCGACCGGCGCGACCUGCUGGCGUCCGAGGUGAUCCGCUCGGUGCGCGCGCGCAUCCUGGAGCUGGAGGGCGAGCGGAGCCGCGAGCGGGGGCCCGGCUGGCCCGGCUGCGGGGACGAGGUGCCGCGGGACGUGGUGCACACGCGCAUCUCCCAGUACGAGAGCCUGAUCCAGAAGUCCAAGUCCAUGCCCAACCUGGGGGAGGAGACGGGCUCGGGGGCGGGGACGCCGGGGUCGUCCCAGAGGAGCGGCAGCCCCCAGCGCCGCUUCUCCGUGGAGUCCCUGCUGGAGGAGGACCCCCCCACCCGGGACCCGCCCGAGGGCCAGCCGCAGCAGCCCGGGGGCUCCGCCCCGCCGCGGGGCCCCGCCCCCGGCCCCUCCCUCCACCGCCACCACCGCCGCCCGCCCCCGGACUGCUCGGACAGCGACCACGACGCGGCCGCCUCCGACCUGAGCGACUUCAUCCAGGUGGAGGGCUCCUCCCUCUGCAGCGAGAGCGACUACGACCGCUGCUCCCUCACCUCCUCGGAGAGCCUGUACGGCUCGGGCCAGCACCUCCACCGCCAGCACCCCCUGCACCACCACCACCACCACCACCACCACCGCCAGCUGCUCAGCUCCUGCAAGGGCCCGUGCCCGGCCUCCUACACCCGCUUCACCACCGUGCUGAAGCACGAGCGGGCGCGGCAGGGCCGCCGGCAGCCGCUCCGCCCGGACGAGGCCGACGCCGAGGCCGAGGCCGGCCUGUCCAAGCUGGCCUUCCUGGUGAGCCCCGUGCCUUUCCGGCGGAAAAAGGGCCCCCCGCCCCACCGGCAGGGGCGCCGGCCGCACCCCCGCUCGGCCGUGUACGCGGCGCUGGACUCCGCCCUGCAGGACAUCUUCGAGCACCUGCGGGACGAGAGGAGGCGGGGCCUGCGGCCCGACAGCAGCAUCCUGCACCGGCUGCUGGACGAGCUCCUGCCGGACGUCCCGGAGAGGAACUCCUCCCUCAGGGCCCUGCGGAGGCAGCCCCGCCCCCCGCAGCCCGACGGCCACGCCCGCCGCGGCCCCGAGCGCGAGCCGUCGCCCCACAGUGCCUCUCACCGCCGCGCCGACGCCUCCAAAAACAGCCGGGGGGGCAGCGGCACCCCCAGCGACGCACGCGGCUACCCAGAUCAGGACACCUACCGAGGGUACUCCUACUCCGACGUGGGUCCCUGUCCUCCUCAAGGCAGAAGACCUACUCCUGAGAGAGAGAAACAGCCAGCCAGAGCAAUAUACGACUUUAAGGCACAGACCACAAAGGAGCUCACCAUUAAGAAGGGAGAGGUGGUGAACAUCAUCCGGCAGGUGGACAACAACUGGUAUGAGGGAGAACUGCGCGGGAGAGUGGGGAUAUUCCCCAUCGCUUAUGUGGAGAAACUCCCCCCAGAGAAGCAGCAGCCAGUCCGGCCGCCGCCGCCAGCGAACGUCCGAGAGAUCGGCGAGGCGGUGGCCCGCUACAACUUCAACGCCGACACCAACGUGGAGCUGUCGCUGAGAAAGGGUGAGCGGGUGGUGCUGUUAAGACAGGUGGAUCAGAACUGGUAUGAGGGGAAGAUCGCGGAGACAAAGAAGCAGGGCAUCUUCCCCGUGUCCUACGUGGACAUCAUCAAGCGCUCCCCCGCCAAGAGUCCCGGGCCGUACAGAGAGUCGCCCUCACCUCAGGGCCACACCCCCUCAUCCACCAGGCGACCAGCAUCCGGGGGAAGCGGCGGAGAACCGUUCCACGUGCUGUACAACUACCUGCCUCGCAACGAGGACGAGCUGGAGCUGAGGGAGGGCGACAUCGUGGACGUCAUGGAGAAAUGCGACGACGGCUGGUUUGUUGGAAUGUCCAGAAGAAGCAGGCUUUUCGGAACAUUUCCAGGAAAUUAUGUCAAGCAGCUAUAAUGCCUUGUUCAGCGACAUCAAAACCCCAUGCAGCACAAAUAUGCCAGACGAAGACGCGUCUGGAGGAAUAAAGAGCGGCACCGAUUUUGUGUGUGUGUUUCACACUGAAGAUAACCUUUAGCUAUAACUAGCCAUAUUUGCAAAAGACUAUUCCAGUAACGUUUUAACAUUUUAAGUAACUCUCGGUAUAUUCCAGUCAAUCAGCGUGUCUAGGGGGAAAAUGCAUUGGUGUAGAGAGACAGGAACCCUGGACACAGCACAGGCAAAUCGUCCCUGUAAACCAGACCAGGUUAUCAAUGCACCAAGCAUGUUGAUUGAAGUUGUAAUGGGGGAUUAGGGCUUCCUGAACCUCAUAGUGGGUGGGGCCACUAUGGCCUGUCAAUGACCUACACAUAUGACCCAAUCAAAGACUUUUCUGUUCAUGGGGGGGGGGGGGGGGGGGAGCUUAAAUAAGUAAAUAUGGUCAUUGGUGGCUGCACCUCCUUUGGGGGUUCCUGAAGCCUUGGGGGUCCCUUCACUUGUUUUAUGAGUAUUCAGUUCAUUAUUUAUUAGCUAUGGUUUCUGCUGACAUGCAAUAGAUGCAAAAAAAAGAAGUGAAAUGUAAAUGAAGUAUAUAACACUAUAAUGUGAGAGUAUUGAUUAUGAAUUCUUUGUUCUGUUUAAAAAAGAAAGAAGAAACUACAGCCACACCUGAUGCGAAAACACACUGAAAGAUUUCACAAAUAUGAAGAAACCAAGUGACCUGUUUGCCUUUUAUAAUGAGUUGUUUAUCUUGGGGGCUAUGUGGCAACUGAUAUUGUGAUUUAGAGAAGAGAAGACUGUCAGAGCUUUUCACUGUAUGGAGUGGAGGUUCAUGUUUAAAUGGUGAUGAAGGACCUGAUGUAUUUUUUUGGGAGGGCUUAUGGUUCAACCUAUCACCAAGCGCACUUAAUCUUUAAUUUUUACAUAGAGAACUUAAGCAGGCAUUGUUGUUUUGGAUCCCUAAUAUCAUUGGUUUGAAAGCCUCAUUGUUCAGACCUAAGGACGAAGCGCUCUUUGGGGUUAGACUGAAUGCAUCCUCCCUUAAUUUUAGCAGUAUAGCAGUGUUACAGCAGUGUCUCGGUGCUCGCUAACAUGUAUUUGAGUUAACACUGAGGGGCUAUCUGUGCUGAGGGUCAUUGUAAGUCAUAGUCAGUGUUUCAGCCAGUUAGCUUUCGUGCACUUAGCCUGGUCACCUCACGUGCUAAAGAGCUCAUCGUUGUGUCAUCACUAUAACCAGGUGUUUCUCAGUAUUUACAAGGAUUGUAUGGCUUCCGGUUUGAUGCUAAUGAUGCUAAUGCUAUUAUUGUGUGUUUCUUGAUGGGAAAAUGUAUGAGGACUGCUGCAAUACGCCCUCUUUAUGGAUGAAGGGGGAAAGGAAGAUAUCUCAAAGUGCCUCUUUCCACACUGUUUGUGAAAUGGACGGAGAAGAUUGUUCUCCUCCUUUAAAAGCAUUUCCGUUUUAUGGCACCUCGUUGGGUAUUCUGUACAGCAUAUCUCUCCUGUGAUUGAUACAGCUUUGAUGCAAGUCAAGUGUAUUUUUAAAAAUUUCAGUUGGGUUUCUUUUGACAGAGUCUCUUCCACCUUCUGUCCAGCUGGCAAAAAAAAAGCUCCUUGGAGACUUGAAUCUUGCACACAGUGAAUCUUGGCCAAUAGCUCAAACACAUCUUGAAAAUGUGCUCAAUCUAUUGCGAUUUUAUUCUCCACAGCAUGGCUGUCAAAUUUGCUUCAACAAUAGCAAUGAUCCUAAACAAGUGAGGGAGAAUAUAUUGCCCAAAGCCACCUUUAUUUAAUUUCUCACCUUUUUUUAAUGUUUACCCUGCGUUCGUGAAUGGGAAAAAGUAUUGUGCUGUGAAGACUUCACAGAUAUAAAGAGAUUAAGCUUGUUUUUUUUAUUAUUAUGGUUUAUUGCACAAGUAACAUAAUUUUAUUUAGAAGUUAUUUGCCUUGUUUUCUCCAUGUUACAAAGUGGAUAGAGAGCACGCCUUUUGCAUUGGAAACACUAUCGUGGGCAAGGACAGGUGUAGCAGAACAAUCGUUUAAGCACCUUAACAUGUAAUUAUGAUUUUGUUUUGUUGCUUCUUACUCCCUCCUGUAGCAGUUUUGUAUGUAUUUUGUAUGGAGCUGUACAUUGAUGAAAUCCACUGCUUUAUAAAGUCUUUCUCACCCAACGUCACUUUGCAUUUCCUUCUUGAGUUAUUUCAUUAUUUAUUAUAUUUUAGUCCAAAAAUCCAUCUCAUUCGUGAUGUCACUCAAGUGAAAUCCAGGGGACCAAAAUUUCCCCAUGUGAAAUAUUUUUAGAUGCAGAAUCCCAAAAUUUCAGGAUAUAGUUCCUAUAUGAAAUAUCGCAAAUAUUACAAAACACACAAGUUAUUGGAAUUUAUGUUAGAUAUAUGUCAUUUGCCAUACAUCUUUCAACAUUAUCCAUAUUAUUAAAUGUUUUGUAAAGAAUGCAUAUACUGUAUGAAAAUGGUCAUAAAUAAUAUAUUGUCAUUUAUGACAUGUUUUGGUGCAUGCUAGAAUGUUUUUCAUUUGGAAUAGGGAUUUUUACCAUGGACUUAAACAAUGCUUUUUUGUAAGGGUCAGAAAAUGACAUUUAUGCAAAACUCAAAGAUAUUUAAGAAUGUACAUGUAACGUGUAUGAGAAAUGCAAAAAAAAAAAAAAAAA